AUGGAGGGGCUUUACACACUCGCCCUGUGUGCUGGAGGUGACGAGGCUGGGGGCAUCAGGACCUCAGCCCUCAAAACCCAGCUGCAGACUUCCAGCCCCAGCCCUCCAGACCUCAGCCCUCAAAGCCCAGCUUCAGCCCUCCAGACCUCAGCCCUCAAAGCCCAGCUUCAGCCCUCCAGCCCUCAAAGCCCAGCUCCAGCCUUCCAGCCUCAGCACUCCAGUCUCAGCCCCAGCCCUCCAGCCUCAGCCCUCCAGCCUUCCAACCCUCCAGCCUCAGCCCUCCAGCCCCAGCCCUCCAGCCUUCCAGCCCUCCAGCCUCAGCCUCAGCCCUCCAGUCUCAGCCCUCCAGCUCCAGCCCUCCAGCCUCAGCACUCCAGCCUCAGCCCCAGCCCUCCAGCCUCAGCCCUCCAGCCUUCCAACCCUCCAGCCUCAGCCCUCCAGCCCCAGCCCUCCAGCCUCAGCCCCAGCCCUCCAGCUUCAGCACUCCAGCCUCAGCCCCAGCCCUCCAGCCUCAGCCCUCCAGCCUUCCAACCCUCCAGCCUCAGCCCUCCAGCCCCAGCCCUCCAGCCUUCCAGCCCUCCAGCCUCAGCCCCAGCCCUCCAGCUUCAGCACUCCAGCCUCAGCCCCAGCCCUCCAGCCUCAGCCCUCCAGCCUUCCAACCCUCCAGCCUCAGCCCUCCAGCCCCAGCCCUCCAGCCUUCCAGCCUUCCAGCCUCAGCCCCAGCCCUCCAGCCUCAGCCCUCCAGCCUCAGCCCUCCAGCCUUCCAGCCCUCCAGCCUCAGCCCCAGCCCUCCAGCCUCAGCCCUCCAGCCUCAGCCCUCCAGCCCCAGCCUUCCAGCCCUUCAGCCCUCCAUCCCCAGCCCUCCAGCCCUCCAGCCCUCCAGCCCCAGGCCCAGCCCUCCAGCCCUCCAGCCUCAGCCUCAGCCUCAGCCUCAACCCUCCAGCCUCAGCCCUCCAGCCCCAGCCCUCCAGCCUUCCAGCCCUCCAGCAUCAGCCUCAGCCCUCCAGCCCCAGCCCUCCAGCUUUCCAGCCUUCCAGCCUCAGCCCCAGCCCCAGCCAGCUCCAGCCUCAGCACUCCAGCCUCAGCCCUCCAGCCGCCUCCAGCCCUCAGCCUCAGCCCCAGCCCUCCAGCCUCAGCCCUCCAGCCCCAGCCUUCCAGCCAUUCAGCCCUCCAGACCCAGCCCUCCACCUCAGCCUCAGCCCCCUCAGCCUCAGCCCUCAGCCUUCCAACCCUCAGCCUCAGCCCUCCAGCCCCAGCCCUCAAGCCUUCCAGCCCUCCAGCCUCCAGCCCCAGCCCUCAGCUUCAGCACUCCAGCCUCAGCCCCAGCCCUCCAGCCUCAGCCCUCCAGCCUUCCAACCCUGCAGCCUCAGCCCUCCAGCCCCAGCCCUCCAGCCUUCCAGCCCUCCAGCCCUCAGCCUCAGCCUCAGCCUCAGCCUCAACCCUCCAGCUUCAGCACUCCAGCCUCAGCCCCAGCCCUCCAGCCUCAGCCCUCCAGCCUUCCAACCCUCCAGCCUCAGCCCUCCAGCCCCAGCCCUCCAGCCUUCCAGCCCUCCAGCCUCAGCCCUCCAGCCCCAGCCUUCCAGCCCUUCAGCCCUCCAGACCCAGCCCUCCAGCCCUCCACUUCAGCACUCCAGCCUCAGCCCCAGCCCUCCAGCCUCAGCCCUCCAGCCUUCCAACCCUCCAGCCUCAGCCCUCCAGCCCCAGCCCUCCAGCCUUCCAGCCCUCCAGCCUCAGCCCCAGCCCUCCAGCUUCAGCACUCCAGCCUCAGCCCCAGCCCUCCAGCCUCAGCCCUCCAGCCUCAGCCCUCCAGCCUUCCAACCCUCCAGCCUCAGCCCUCCAGCCCCAGCCCUCCAGCCUUCCAGCCCUCCACCUCAGCCCCAGCCCUCCAGCUUCAGCACUCCAGCCUCAGCCCCAGCCCUCCAGCCUCAGCCCUCCAGCCUCCAACCCUCCAGCCUCCAGCCCCCUCCAGCCCCAGCCCUCCAGCCUUCCAGCCUUCCCUUCCAGCCCCAGCCCUCCAGCCUCAGCCCUCCAGCCUCAGCCCUCCAGCCUUCCAGCCCUCCAGCCUCAGCCCCAGCCCUCCAGCCUCAGCCCUCCAGCCUCAGCCCUCCAGCCCCAGCCUUCCAGCCCUUCAGCCCUCCAUACCCACCUCAGCCCUCCAGCCCCAUCCUCCAGCCUUCCAGCCCUCCAGCCUCAUCCUCAGCCCUCCAGCCUCAGCCCUCCAGCCUCAGCCCUCCAGCCUUCCAGCCCUCCAGCCUCAGCCCCAGCCCUCCAGCCUCAGCCCUCCAGCCUUAG